AAUGUCAAUAGGUGUAACAAAACAAACGAUUAAUUAUUUAUUUUACUCAAUUCUCUCGUUGUUUUUUUUUAAUAUUUGGGAGAAUUCAAUUUAUAAGUUAGAAUACCCGAAAAUGGAAGGUGAUGGUCAAGAAGAACCAUCUGCUUCUGCUUUCUGGUCAGUAAAUCAUGUAAAUGUAGGUAGAAAAAGAAAAUUCAAUCGUCACCGAAGAAGCCCUGCAUUUAAUCAAGAAGAAAUAAAGUGUCUGCUCAGAAUACUACAGAAGUACAAAACCAUAGUUUUCAAUAAAUCUACGAAUGCGUCUGCUAAUCGAGCGAAAGAGGUCGCUUGGUUGAAAAUAGCUAAAAUAUUCAAUAGACAAGGUUUCAAGCAUAGAAGAAGUGCAGAUUGUUUGAAGAUAAAAUGGGAUAAUAUGAAGAAGAAGGCUAGAUAUAAGUCUAAGAACUUGAUGGAUAUAAAUUAUGAAGAGUUUGAUGAGGCCACUAGUCAGAUGGUAGCCAUGAUGUGUGAGACUGAGAAUGGUGCCACUGCAGAUGAUCCUGUGGCCUCAGAUGGAGAUAUCAAUGAUACAAAACACAAGGAGGAAUCUACCACAAAUCAAUGGAAUGGAAAUGAAGACAUGGAUUCUAAUGAUUCUUCUAUGGAUGGUGGUAAUGAAAAUCAAAGGUUCCUGAACCGAUCAACCAAUUUUUCUCCUGAAGAGUGCAACCUAUUGUUACAAUGUGUGAGACAAGAGAAAAAUAUUGUAUUAUCUAACACAAACACGUCAAGUUUCAUUAAAUUAAAAAAUCGAGCUUGGGAUAGGAUAUCCAACUCAUAUAAUAAACUAAGUCCAGAAAAGAGGUCCACUAAAGUACUGCGCACAAAGUUCACAAAUAUGAAAAGAUUAGUCAAGACUGGAGGAAGUAUGAAACAAUAUUUUAAGGAAUUUACCAAGAAACAACCACAACUUGAAGAUUCUGGCAGUAAAAUAAAAUCGGAGCCACUGUUCGAGCACAGAAGCAGUUUAGACGCCGACAAUGACAGCGAUUUGGAUGAUCACAUAGGAACUGAUAUUAUUAGUGAUGGCAACACCACACUGGAUCCUUUGAGCACUGUGCUGAACAGUGAUUUAGGUCUUAGUUCGAUAAGUCAAUCAGAAAAUAAAGAAGUCGUCAGAUUAAAAAUAGAGCUGUUAAAUUACAAAUUGGAAACGGCUAAGUUAAAAAGGAAAAGAAUAGAGGAUUUAUUACAAGCUGAUGCAGUAGAACGCGAGGCAAAAGCGAGAGAGAAUUCCCUGAGGCUUAGGGCCGCCAGACUGGAGGCCGUAGCUGCUGAGAUGAAACUACCCCCUUCGCACCCUGCACUCGCAUACACCCCGGAAGAAACUCCUGCGCAACAUUACAUACAUCAAUAUCAUGCUGCUUGAAGUUACCUAUGUAAAAAUUUGCAAUUUUUGAUGAGUUAUCGUGAUGUUAAUAGUGAAUGGAUGAUCAGAUUUGCCACUAGAACUGGCUGCACAAAAGUUUAGUUUUGCCAUUGUACUUAAUUAGCCCUGUGAAGGCAAAUUUUGUCAUUUAAAUUGGUGUACAUUCUUAACAACCAAAUGACACUGUAGUCCUAAUAUGGCAAUUUUAACAUGGUUUAGAUUGGUUGUCAUUCCUAAUAAACUUACCUCAUUUGAAUCCUUUCUUACUGCUAGCUAUAUUUCUAUUUAAAGUCUUCUCGAAGGGCCUGUAUUUCAGGAGGUCCUCAAGAAAAUUAAUAUUCGUAAAAUAAAAUCAAAAUUAUUUCUUCAACUUGACGACCAUGUAAUAAAUGUCAAAAUAGCCAGCAUACUGCAUCACGGUUCAAUAAUGUCAUAAUAUUUAUUUAUUCAUUGAAAAUUGGAGGUCUUGAUUUGUGCACUGGCAUGAAUCAUGGUCAUUUGUUUUUGCAAUAUUACACUUAAAUACAUUAUCAUAAAGCUGAUUUUUGUAUGGAACAAUGAUCUUGGUCGAAAUAUUUCCGGCCAGUCUUAAAAAAGUUGUACAAAGUAGGAUGAAGACUAAUAAGUUUUUUUAUCGAUAAGCAAGUUUUCUGUUGUAGUAUUUUUAGGAUAAUUGAAUUCUGAGAUUUACUUAUUUUUAUACACAAACCACUAGUAGGUAUUUUAAGUUGAAUCAAGCCUGUGUUAAGAAAAUGGAUAUAAUUUACAAAUUAGAGAAAAUGCUGAAUGUUU